CGCGUGGAUUUUUAGGAUCUGCGUAUGACACCCCUGGCGGCGCAUCGGCCGCCGCCCAAUGCGCGCUCCGCGCGCCACGGAGGAUGGCCUGGCGCAGAUCCGAGCAAUCCGCGCGGACCUCGAAGUUCCUGCUUCUGCGUCUUUCUCUUCCUCUGCUCUAGCUGACCCCCUCCUCCUCCCGGCCCCCGCCUGGCAGACCCCACGGGGGCGUCGGCCGCCCAGCGGGGCCACGGCCUCGGAUGCGGUGGCCGUCCGCGCUGCUGCCGGUGCUGGCGGCGACCCACGGCGGCCAUGGGGGCCCCGCAGGUGGCCGCUGCGACGGUCUUCGUCUGCCGGCCGGUGCGAGCGCCGCUGGUCGUACCGCCAGGGCAGACAGCGACAGCAGCUGCCUCCUGCAGCGCACGGGCUCGCUGUUCAGCAGGACGCUACCGCCCGAGAGUGAAGAUGGGCAUCAUCAUUCUGGAGAUGCCUACUCGCUCCCCGAGGGCGGGCCCCGCGGGGACGGCGACAGUGACCAGUGCGCGGGCCUGCUGGCUUUGCUGGCGGCCGCUGGAGACGCGUGGCUGUCGUCCCGCUGUGGCUGGCUCCUCGGCCCCUCGCCGCCUGCGCCAUGCUUGGCUGUCCUGGAGGCGCUCGGCGAAAGGCCGUGGGGCCCAGACGCCUUUGCCGCAGGCUGCCGGGAACUGCUGCGGUCGCCGCCCGCCAGGCUCCUGGUGCGCGGCAGCCGCCGCCCGGCCGGAGGCUUCCCGGCCGUGGCGGCGCUCCAGGGCGCCGCUUCGGCCGCGUCGGCCGCUGAUCGGAGCGAGCGGCUGGUGGACGCGGAGGGGCAGGACGCCCGCCAGGCCCUGACUGGGCCUCUAUGGCCGUUGGAUGCGGCGCUGGCGGGCAAGUCGGCCGGGGUCACGUACGACGGCCAGACGGAGGAGGCGCUCGGGCCCUACCCCGCGCUGAACUGCGAGAACAUGUCUUUCGAAAACAACACCGACACGGGAGUGGACCACGUGGCGGUGGUGGCCAACGGCACCGUGGAUCCAGAAUGCUGGUUUUGGGAGGACUACUGGAGCACGACCACCACGACUAGCACCACGACGACGACGACGACCACCACCUCGACGGUGACCUCGAACGCCUCGGACGCCACUGACGCCUCGAAUGCGUCGAACGCUUCGGACAACUUGGAUGUGUCGACCGCCUCUGACGUUUCGGACGCCUCCAGCGCCGCGGAUGCCGCAAACACAUCCGACGCCUCUACCGCCUCCGACGCCUCCGACAGCGCCCCGACCCCCUCGAACGCCUCCGACGCCUCCGACGCCUCCGACAGCGCCCCGAACUCCUCGGACGCCUCGAGCGCCUCGAGCGCAGCGGUCGCCUCGGACGUCGCGAGCGCCUCGAACGCCUCGAGUGCACCCGACGGAUCCUAGCUCGCGUGCCUUGUCAUCCAGCACGUCCAGCGGCGCCCUCGAGAUAUUCCAGAGCUGGUUCAGCUGGCAAGCCGGGAGAUCGCGCUGCCUCGACUCGUGCUGCAUCGCCAUAUAUCCGCAUUCUUUCAAUGAGUCUCUUUUGUUAGCAUGGGGCUGGUCUCUGUUUCUGUUGGGGUGCCAGAGCGGCCCGCCUGGGGUUCGGCCGUUUUGCGCCGUCUCGAAGCUACAUUUGGCCGUCUGGUGGCCAUAGUGUGACUGCAUUGCGGCCAUCUUGAAGACUUAUUGGGCCGUCCUCUGGCCAUCGUGAGGCAUUCUGGGGCCGUCUUGGGCUCCAUCCAAGGCCCCACACUUGGUUGCCAGAAGGGUUGGGGUGGCUCGCGCCCUCAAUAUUAGCUGGCUAAUCAUCAGCUAUCAGCCACUUCGCCAAUUAACCUGCAACGCUCUUGCACGAUACAGGGCCUGCGGGGUGCCCGCCGAAUUCUUAACGAUUCGCGUGCCCCCACCAGUCCCCUGGAUGCAGUUUCUCACCCCCAGCGCUGGUCCCACGCCAUCAUUGACGGCCUGCCGCCCACGUGGAAGGGGUCACACGGCAGCGUGCCUCACGACUGCGGUGGAUUGCUGGUUCUACGGUCGGCACCUGCAGACCCAUCGCCGAGGUAUCGUUUGAUGAGAUCAGUGAGUGACGUCAUCGAAUUGUGGGCGUCGUCGACUCAACAACCACUUUGGCCGGGUCUUCGCCUGGUCCUUCUGAGCUGCGGUUGAGCCCGCCCCCGCCGCUUAGAUUGCAAUUUUGCCCGCCGCUUGUCUGCUGCGCGCGUCCGGCUCCGUUUUAUGCCGUUGUAAUUUAGGUCGUUGCUAGUCGGCUAUCUCCUGCCGGCGCGCGGCUCCUCCGCUUGCGCUUCGGAUUUCGUUACCGAGGAAACCCACAUAUUCAUA